UAUUUCUAGCGGAACCAUAGAUAAUAAAGAUCCUAUUCGUCAAAGUAAUAUGUAAUUUUCAUUUUUCAAUAAUUUUAAAUUUUUGUAUUUUUUAGUAAUUGUUGUCAUUCUUUAUGAGUAAUGAAAUGUUUUGAUUAAUAAUGUUAUGACUAUAUAAAAAAAACAUCAUGUUCAAACAACAAUUUAAUACCCGAGUGUUCUUUUUCCGUCACUUUAAAACUCGUAGCAGUUACAAAAUAAAAGCAACCUAUUCGAAUAUAAGUUGUGCCGCUUCAAAAUCUGUGGUAGUUGAUGGGAAAUCUUACAUUGGAGACGAAUACACGAAUGUCACUCCAAAAAUAUUGUCGUUUAUCGGUAUUAACAAUCACAAUCGUAAAGACCACCCCCUCAACUUAUUUAAACAGCGUUUAGUCGACUUUUUUUACGAUCAUUUCAGAGGACGAACGGGUAAUCCAAUUUUUUCUAUUUAUGACAAAAUUAGCCCUGUUGUGACAACGAAUGAAAAUUUUGACUCAUUGCUAGUACCCAAAGAUCAUCCUAGUAGAAACAAAACCGAUAGCUAUUAUUUAAAUAAAACGCACAUGCUUCGUGCACACUGCACUGCCCACCAAUCUGAGUUGAUUAAAAUGGGUUUGGAUAAUUUUGUUAUAUUCGGCGAUGUUUACAGAAGAGACGAAAUUGACGCCACUCACUAUCCUGUAUUUCAUCAAGCUGAUGGUGUUCAUAUAUUUACUCCAAAUGAACUAGAAUUAAUUCAUGGAAGUAAUGUUAAUAUAUUUGAUAAUGACAAAAAUAAUUCAAACAAUGAAAAACAAGAGGUUUAUUCAAUAGAAGCCAAUGAUAUUGUUACCAAUCACUUAAAAAAAACAUUGGUUGCAAUGAUUAAAAAAGUAUUUGGUGAAGAAAUUGAAUACAGGUGGAUAUCAGAGUAUUUUCCGUUUACACAUCCAUCGUUUGAAUUAGAAAUUAACUAUAAUGGUCAGUGGAUUGAAGCUUUAGGAUGUGGAGUUAUUCGACAUGAAAUUUUAAAAAAUGCUGGAGCUGGCAACCGAAUUGGUUGGGCAUUUGGUCUCGGAUUAGAGCGUUUAGCAAUGCCAUUUUAUUCUAUACCAGAUAUACGUUUAUUUUGGUCCAAAGAUUCAGGAUUUCUCAAUCAGUUUCAAAAUUUACCUAAAGAUGGAAGAAUGAAAUAUAAACCAAUCAGCAUAUAUCCUCAAUGCAUAAAUGAUAUUAGUUUUUGGUUACCCAAAGAAAAACCUUUUUGUCCCAAUGAUUUUUAUGAACUUGUUGGAAACUACGGUGGUCAGCUAGUUGAACAAGUAAAACUCAUAGACCAAUUUACACAUCCAAAAACUGGAAAUGUAAGUCAUUGUUAUCGCAUAGUUUAUAGACAUUUAGAAAAAACAUUAAGUCAAGCAGAAGUAAAUGAAGUACACAAACUAAUUGAAAUAAAUGCUACGCAAAUUUUAGGCAUAAAAUUAAGAUAGUACCAGAAUGAUUUAAUUUGUCAAGACUGAUAUUUUAGUUAGCUUAUAACUUAAAAUGGAUGUAUAAAUGACACUUUUUUUUUAAUUGUUUAGAUUGUAAAUUAAAGAAAAAGGAAAUCAUAAAUUUUAACAUCAUACCUAGAAAGUUGUAUUUAUUAUUGAUUUGAUAAUUAAUUUUAAAUAAUACACUUAGUUAACAUCUUAUAUUUGUACAAAUUAAAUUACAAAGUUUAUUUAUAAUGAAAAUUAUUAUUACCAAUUAAUAGUAACUAUUAAACAUUGUGUUUUUUAAUAAUGUAAGAUAUUUUAGAAAAAAAUUAGUUUUGAAUUUUAGUACACUUACUGAAAUAUAAAUGUUAUUAACAGUUAACACUUUGAAAGCUUAUCUAUUUGUUACUAAUGUUAAAUUGACAACUCGAUAUUACUAUAACUAAAGAUAUCUUAAGAAUAAGUAAUAUUCCAGAAAUAAAAUUUAAAAUGUUAAUAAUUUCAUAGCCAAACAAAUAUAAGUAAUAAUUAUAUAUUUGUCUAUUUGAAAUUUAGUACGAGAAAAACAAUUAAGUUAUGUUGAUUUUUUCUGUCUCAAAGUGCUCAUAGAGUUAAAAUAAAAAAAAGUUAGUAAUUUUAAAAAGUAAUUAUUGGAACUUUCAUGUAUAAUAUAUUAAUUUUCAAUAACAUAAGAAAAUGCUUAUCAACAUUAUAUUAUAAUAUGUAUUUACGUUUAUGAGAAAUAUUGUUUUGUAAUUGUAUACAAUAUAAUAUUUUUAAUUAGAUAUGUACAUUAUAUAUAUGUAUAAAUAAAUUAAAGUAUAAAAAAAAUUAUCAUUAACUA